AUGGUGACCUUUAGGCAGCUUGAGAUACUGUUUGGGUUCACUAUGGAGAAGGAACCAUGGAACAUCAAGGAAAAGAACUCCAAAGGCUCUUGCCAACACCUUCUUUGCAAGGAAAGCCACUGGACAAUCAAUGAGGGAGAAGUGAAGCUCCUUGACAUGGGAAUCAAGCCCAUCAUCUCACGCACAAGGAUGGGAAGAAGAUCAGAGGAGAUAGGGCACAGCAGGGAACUCAUGCCUCUCCUUGAGCAGCUCCAAGCCUACAAGCUGGAGUCCAACUGGACAAGAGAAGGUCUACUCCACCAGCUUCUUCUGCCCAACCCUGAGCUCACCACGGUCCUAGGAGGUACAACAUUGAUUCAGACCCCCUGUGUACACUUAGUUGGGCAUGAAGCGGAUUUGCAAGAAGAGGAGCCUGAGCUCGAUCGAGCUGAGGAUCGAGCUGAGGCUCAAGCUGAAGAUGGAGUGCAGGAAGCGCUGGAUUUGGGUGAGCCUGAGUGCUAUUACUUUGAGGAGUAUGAGGCUCCAAGGAUGAACCCCUCUGUUGUGGCUGCCACAAGAGGAUUGGACUUCUCCAAAAGUUCAACAAAUGGCAAGGGAAAGCCAUUGAGAAGAUGCAAAAGUCCAUGGACAAGAUGGUGA